AUGGCUUGGUUGUGGGGAUUAGAAGCACCUACGAGAACAACUCUCUUCAAGCUGCUGGUCAUUGUCUUUGGCGUCAGCAUGGCUAGUGCCGGCGAAAUCAAUUUCUCCUGGAUAGGUAUUCUGUACAGUUGCGGCGGUCUCAUCUUCGAGUCUAUUCGAGUCGUCUUGAUUCAGGAUUUGCUUUCAGGAAAAGGCGUGACCAUGGAUCCACUCGUCGGACUUUAUUAUUACGCCCCCAUAUCUGCUGUGAUCAAUCUCGUCGUUGCAUGGGAGACGGAAUGGGAGUCUUUCCAUUGGUCAGCCGUAGGACGAGCUGGGGUAGCCAUGCUGGCCUUGAAUAUGUUUUCUGCAUUCUUCCUGAAUGUGGCGAGCAUGAUGGUGGUAUGUACUAUUACAUUCAAGAUCAAGCGUUUGAUUCUAAUUUGA